CAUUUUCUCACUAUAGGUGGCGUGGUCAACGUCAGCUGACUAACAAUGGCGGAAGUACAGGCAACUGCCCUGUAUGAAUUUGAAGGUGACGUUUCCAACGGAGAACUGAGCUUUAAACCUGGCGAAACCCUCACUAUAGUACAGCAGGAUGUGGGAGAGGGCUGGUGGGAGGCCCGGAACUACAAGGGGCAGCUGGGACUCAUACCUCAAGCUUAUGUGGAGUUGAUUGAGCCCCCCAUGCCUGCAUUUCCCCCACCGCCUGCCCCGAUUGCCUCAGCGCCGGCCCAUGACCACAACGGUUGGAGCAACUCGGGUCACCAGCAGAGCCAGGAGGCCUGGGACGAUGACUGGAGUGAUGAUGACGAGGCCUCUAGCACCAGCACCGGGGACGGGGUGGGCUCCGUCAAUCAGUCCAAUGCCAGCAAUCCACAGGCUUUGCAAGGUGGUGGCAACUUUGGUUUGUCGCAGGCAAACCCCAAACGAUCAUCUGCUGCCAGCACCUCCCCCCCUGGCACUGACAUGUCCAAGUACGGGACUGUCAAGAAAAGUUUCAACAGAUUUUCCCAGUUUGCUAAGGCUGGUGGUGAGGCCUACAUGAUGGGACACUUCACCUCCACCAAUGUCUCCUCCGCGGAUAAAAUAAAUGUGAUUGAGACGGCAGAUGGACUAGAGUGGCAACCGAACAAUCAGCCUUACACAUGUGCGGUGCGCUCACCCAAGAAGGAAAGCAAAUUAAAAGGCCUGAAGAGUUUUAUAGCCUAUCAGAUUACACCUUCGUUCAGUAACAUCGUUGUGAGUCGGCGGUACAAACAUUUUGACUGGUUACACGUUCAACUGGAAAACAAAUUCACUUGUAUUCCUAUACCACCUUUACCAGACAAAACUAUUUCAGCGGCUAUUGGUGCUCUUAACCCAUCUUCUUCAGCCAGAGCAGGUCGUUACGAAGAUGAGUUUAUAGAUCAGCGUAUGAAGCUGCUUCAGCUGUGGGUGGACCGUAUAUGUCGACAUCCAGUGCUCUCACUCUCAGAAGUCUUCCAGCAUUUCCUGACCUGUACAGACGAGAAGAAAUGGAAGGUGGGAAAGCGGAAGGCAGAGAAGGAUGAAUACACAGGAGGGAAAUUCUUUUUAACGUUAGAUGCGCCACCAACAACAAAACAGUUGGCAGAUGUAGACGCAAAAAUGGAGACGUUUUGCAAAUUUCAAAAGAACAUGGAGGACAACAUGAAAACUUUAUCAGCUGUCGCCUAUGACAAUAGGAAAAAACAUUUAGGCCCGUUCAAACGAGAGUACCAGAAGCUUGGGGCGUCGUUCAAGACGUUAGCACUUACCUUCAGCCUGGACUCCGGAACAUAUUCACAGCAAUUGACUGGUGCAAUCGAUUUUACUGGGGACACUUACAAUGAAAUUGGAAAUCUGUUUGAAAAACAGCCAAGGAAUGACCUAGAACCUCUGAUGGACACUCUAAAUGAGUACAAGGGAAUGCUGGGACAGUUUCCUGAUGUCCUUAAAGUUCACGAGGGUGCCAUAGGCAAGGCAAAGGAAUGUGUCAAACUGCAGGGGGAGAACAGGAUGCAGGAAAACGCAGUAACAAGCGUUGUGCAACGUGCAGAUGUUAUAUCCUGCGGGACUCUCGCGGAGAUAAAUCACUUUCACAAACAACGCUGCGUUGACUUCAAGGAUGUUAUGAAGACCUUUCUGUCAGCACAGAUAAAGUUUUACGCUGAGAUUUCACAGAAGUUGCAAGGGGCCUUAGACAAGGUAGAAACGUCCUGAACAAAAACAUUUCUUUUCUACACAGUUUUUAGAACAUUUUACAUGUUAUAUAAUGGGCAUGUAACUACCGCAAACAAUACAUCAUGCAGCAAAUGGAAGAAAAUAUAAACAAUGAAUGCAUUUGUGUUCACUUUUUUUAAAUAAUAAAAUAGUUUAGUACAUUAUGCAUCUUAAGAAUCCUGAUGUGGACAAUUAUAAUUUGUGACUGACAACUGUAUUGAGUUUGAACUUAUUAUAUUUCUUAAAUGAUUCAGUGAAAUCCAUUUCACUUGAAAUCUUCACAAUAAGCUUGCAAUGACAUUUAAAUGUUGUUCGCUGUUUGUGUGUGUGUAUCAUGAUGCAUGCAUCGUAAGUCUGUCAAGGGAGUCCUGUAUCUCAAAGGGCUUGGUAUGCAGCAUGCAAACAUGAUGCAUAAUUGUAAUGAUAUCCAAGUCCUAUGUAAAAUAUGCAGUGGAUUCAGGGAUUAUAUGGACCUGUUGUAUGAAAAUACUUAUAGGUCGCCGUGGUGUAAUGGAUAUGGUGUCCGCCUAGCGACCGGGAGGUCACGGGUUCGAUCCCCACCGUGGGAGCGUUCUUUAGAUCUCCCCCAAAGACACCAAGUACUGGUUCUAGGCCCAGGAAACGGACUCGAGAGCGUUUAUAUAAGCCUUAGGCUUUCGAUGCAAUCAAGCUAAAAUAAAUAGGUUUAAACUAAAGUACUUAAAAAAAAUGUGUGCCUCAUUCUGGGAAAACGGGGUUUAAUGCAUGUGUGUAAAGUGCUCUCUAUGAUUAGCCUGCACAGUCCGCAAAACCAAAUCCUGGACAACACUCCACUAUUGUGGUGUAUUUUAUUCAAAGGAAGUCUCUUUUAAACACAAAUCCAGUUUUGGGAAUAGUGUUUUCCCUGGUUAGCCUAUGCAGACUUCCAUACUUUUUUUUGCAUUUUGAGAGGCCAAUUACGUCAUUCGGUGCGCUAUGACUGUUUAGAAAAGUUUACUCCGUGACCUUCUAAUUGUCUGUAAGUCCGAAUCUUGACCCUGCAAUCAGUAAUUAAAACUAGAGUGUUAACAAGAUUUUACUAUAGCCAUAUAAGGAAAAAUGCCCCGCCCCUUGGAAGCCAUUUUUUUCAAGCAAACAUAAUUAUUUUCGAACUCAUCCAAGAUAUCAUUGAGACCAAUCUUCUGACCAUAUAUCAUGAAGACUGGACAAUAAAUGUGGCCUCUAGAGAGUUAACAAGUCAAAUGUUGACGCCACACAACGCACGACGGACAAAAGGCGAUCACAAAAGCUCACCAUGAGCACGUGAGCUAAAAAAACAACAACAUAUAUUUUGAUGAAACUUGUAGAUAGAUUUUUUUUAUAUAUUUUCUUACUUUCUUAAAAAUCAGUACAGUCUAAUAUAGUCAUUAUCUAAACAAAAUACAUAAGCUAGGAGGAUAAAACUAGGUAUGAGGAUGGUUGGCCUCCUUGGGAAUAUGCUAAAUUUUUCAGAUUUUCAGUGCAACUGUGUUUUGCUUGGGUUAUAGAAAUAAUUGAAAGUAUAACAUGGAUACUGCAACAACCCCAUUUAUUUUCCUAGUUAUUUCAGUUGUUUUGCCUGUCCAUCCUGUUUUCAUCAAAAUGCUGUUAUAACUCAAAACGUAAUUAAGCUAGGUCACUCAAACUUUGAAUGUGGAUGGCAGAACAUUCAGUAAAUAUGCACACUAUUCCUUGGUUGAUGGCAUUGGAUAUGCAGAGAGGGCUCACGGCUGUAUGGUGAAUAUGCAAUUGUUUUGUCAGACUAAAAUUGUUAUUGCUAUGGUUACAGCAAUAAUAAUAGAUUAAUCUGCAUAAUGCAAUUGUUAAAUAGUACUUAAGCUAGUUAGACAAAACAGGAUUUGCUGUUCUUUUUCUGACAAUAUUAACCCAGUAAGGGACUGCUGUUUUCUGUGACAAAGCCCUUGUUAAAUUGACUACUGGCAUACACCACUGAUGGUUCCAUGCCAUCGACAUCAGUUUGACUUAAUAAAGUGCAUGUUUUCUACCCAAAUAGUAUUGGUAAUUGUAGCACCAAUAUCUAGGGUCUUGAUAGUGGUGUAAAGGCCUUGCGCUGGACCAAAAUUUCUUUAAGCCAACUGGUUUCUUUCAUUGGCGCGCAAAAACUGUUCGUCCAAUAAUUAUUUCAAUGAUUGAUUUAAUUUUUUUUUAAAUUUCAUUUAACAACAUUAAGCACAUAUUAUAUAUCAUAAUAUAAGAUGUAGUUUCUGGCUGUUGAAAUGCUUUCACACAAAACUAUUAAAUUUACCAAUAGUUUUCCUGAUGAACUGGUAUUUUGUCAUACUGCACAAGAUAGUGAUAUGAAGGUCAGUUCAAAUAUAACCUCUAUGACUGUCUAUGUUACAUAUUUAUUUGUAGAUAAGCACACAUUUAUUAUCAUUAUAUUAUAUAAGAUAAUCAAUUCUAUACCAUCGAUACUGAAUCCACCAUAAUUUGUUUCUUUUGUCAGUUACAUGGUGUAAAUAAUUCAUACAUGUUUUCUUCAUAAUUGUUAAUCAUUGUAGUGUCAAAAAAGGGUAUUUGGUCACAAUGUGUGUUUGUUUCAUUUCUUGGCAUUUUCUAUUUUGACAAUAUGCUUGUGUAUGUUGAAAAAAGAAAAAAUACAAAUGCCCUUUUACAUUACAAACCAUGUUAAAAGUUAUUUACCAAAAGCAUUAAACACUGUUAUUAAAUCUACUACUUUAUAUUAAAUAAAGAAAAAUUAAGAUGUUUUAUUUGUAACAUAUUUUAUGAAAUUAUAUUAAAGUUAAGUGCAAAUGACACUUAAAUACAAAAACAACCUGCAAAAUAGCAUGACUGUGUAAAAAACUAUUUGGUAAAAACACAUGACAAUACAUUCUUUAACUCAAUUUAUAUGUCUGAAUCAGACAUUAUGUUCAUUUAUUAUCAGAAAAUUGUUUUCACUGAACCAAGCUUUUGUGAACACACAUGGGUGAUGUUGAUGACUAGCAAAAAUCAGUCAUAAUGUCUAAAACACAAACUCAUUUAUUGUCUUUAGUCCCUUGACAACCAAGAGUCUAUCAGCAGGCUGAUAUGCCUGUUCGACUUUCAUUUUCUGAUGUUGCAAAUUUUUCACGACUCGUACACAAAUUGGCAGUGAAAAAAGUCUUGAAAGUUUUCAUCAUAUAUGAGAUAGUUAACCAGGUUUUCCGAAGGAAAAAACUGGUUAUUAGAUUGGCGAAUGCGGGCGGGCUGGCUGGCUGGCGGGCGGGCGGAACAAGCUUGUCCGGGCCAUAACUAUGUCGUUCAUUGUCAGAUUUUCAAAUCAUUUGGCACAUUUGUUCACCAUCAUUGGACUGUGUGUCGCACGAAAUAAUUACGUCGAUAUCUCCAAGGUCAAGGUCACACUUUGAGUUCAAAGGUCAAAAAUGGCCAUAAAUGAGCUUGUCCUGGCCAUAACUAUGUCAUUCAUUGUGAGAUUUUAAAAUCAUUUGGCACAUUUGUUCACCAUCAUGGGACGGUGUGUCGCAGGAAAGAAUCACGUCAAUAUCUCCAAUGUCAAGGUCGCCACGACUAAAAAUAGAUUUUUUUAAAAAACAAACUUACAAAGGGGGUUAAUUUUGUUUGUUCAUUUCAAAAGUUCAGUUUGAGUUUUCUCCCUUUAUCAGAUUUUUUUUUCACAAUGAAAACCUGGUUUUGUGACAAUUUUGUCCCUUGUGUGUUAAAUUACUGUAUUGUAGAAUUGUAUUAUGUUCAUCAUGACAGAUAUUUAAUUGUUUCUUAUUUGUGAUAUGUAUGUAUCCAUAGGUUAGCCAGUAUUUGUACAUGUGAUAUGACAGGAUUUAAAAGCACUGUUUUGGUUUAGCAUUCAAAUAUACUUAGCUUAUGUUGUUAUUAUGUACAUGUUAACUAUUCUGAUCUGUAUGCCUAAACUGUUAAGUCUCAACUCUAAGAAAGUUUGUUAUAGACUUUGUUCUUGUUGUCAUUAUCCAAUUAGUAUUAUCAAAUUAUAUGUCUUGUUGCACUCUUAUAUCUAUAAACAUAACUACCAUUAGUAUGUGGGUGCAAUAAUAACAAUUAUUUGUUUUAAAAAAAUGUGUAAAAAAAGGAACUGUGUUAUUAAGUCCCCGAAAGUAAACACAUGAUUAUGCAAGGGAAGUAAAUUUAGGGAAAGGCCUUAACUAAUUAGCAUAGGAAAAUGUUAUAUUGUCUAUAAAAAUAAUUAUCCGUAAAACAACAUGUUUGAACUGUUAAAAAUCAACCACAUUUGAGAGUUGAGCGUGACUUUAAGGUAACUGAUAAAGAAUUGGUCAGCAGAUUUAAUAGUUAAACCCUUGAUUUCUUGGUGAGUGGUCUAGAUAAAAUCCAGAUAAUAAUCUUGAGAGCACACAGCACCAACAGAUGGGCCAUGAUCUGUGAAAAGUGGGUUUAAUGCAUGUGUGUAAAGUGUUGUCCCAGAUUAGCCUGUGCAGUGCUCACAGGCUAAUAUGGGACAACACUAGCACAUGCAUUAAACCCUUUCAGUGCGGGAACCGAAUUUUAAAGGCCUUUGCAAACAGUUUGGAUCCAGAUGAGACGCCACAGAACGUGGCGUCUCAUCUGGAUCCAAACUGUUUGCUAUUCUGAUAGUAUUCUUUGAAAAAAAAUCGAAGAAAAUGCUAAAUUUAGAAAUUCAACAGACGACAUUUUGGCAGACGACAAAUUUCCUAGCAUGCAAAGGGUUAAACCCCUUUUUCAAAGAGCACAGCUCAUAUAUUAUACUCAGGCGUAGACAAUAUUUUGUUUUUAAACUGGCCCAAAAAAAGCGAAAAAACAAUCUGGGCCCUAAGAGUUUCUAUGGAUAUUUUACGUCCAAUAUAAACUAUGUUUUUUUAACUGUACUAAAGAAACGUGCAAUUUUUUAGUACAUUCAAACUUUCUAGUAACUCGCCGUUUCAAAAAGUUAGUAUUAUAUGCCAGUCUUCAUCAAAUAUUUAAGCAGACUUGUGUUUUCAACAUGUUUUUCACUUCCUUCUGAUCUUUUGGGGCAAUGUCACUCUUUGACUAAAUGGCAUUGUUAUCCUUUCUUGGUAUCCUGUAUCCAAUGUUUCACAACAGUUCAUUCAUUUUAAUUGAUUAGUUAAGUUCCUUCUAUAUGUUUCAUGUAUUGCAGAACACAUGCUGGUCUUUAAUUGUGUGUGUAUGUACUCUCAAUGCUUGUCUCCUUAUUCUCUAGUCUGUUUUGUGCCAUUUCUUCAUUUCUGUUUUAUGGGAUCAAAAUACACCAGGAUCAGGGCUUUCAUAAUGUUUGGAAAACCUGAAUUACUUACUCCCUUCCAAAGUUUUUUUUAAGUUUCGGCUCAGGCUAUAUCUGGGAGGGAAGAUAUGGUAUAAAUUAGUUGGUUUUAAUUUGCUUGAGCACAUGUUUACAUUUAUUAACAGUUCUUCCUGUGUAAUAUAUAUCUGGGAGUUAUAUUGUUUCUACAGUGAACAUGUUUGUAAUUUUCUAUAAUUUGUAGAUUUUUAGGAAUGUUUCCUUUUGGGGAUGCUAGCUCAAAGAGAAACAUUACUAUUACACAUACAAUUAUUUGAAAUAUUUAUGGAAAUGUAUCUGCUUUCAUCACACCUGUUCUAUCUAAAAAUUGUCUUAUCCAUUUUAACAAUGCUGAUGUUUUUCUUGUUUUAAAAGUCUCGGACACAUGCUUUCAAUUAUCUGUUUUUAGCUCACCUGAGCGAUAGCUUGGGGUGAGCCAUUGUGAUCACUCAGCGUCCGGCAUCCGUCUGUCUGUAAACAAUUUGUAAACAUCUUCUUCUACUAAACCAUUGAGCCAAUUUCAACUAAAUUUCAUAUGGAGCAUCCCUAGGUCAUGGGACAAAAGAAUUGUUAAAAAAAAUUUGAUCACAUAACCAAGAUGGCCGCCAUGACCAUAUAUGGUAAAAACCUUAAAAAAUCUUCUUGUCAGAAACCGCUCAUCAGAUUUUCAAAAAAUUUCACAGGGAUGACCUUUGAAGGCUCCCCUGAAAAAGUUGUUCAAAGAAAUUUGAUUCGUCAAAAAACAUGGCCGCAGGAGCUCGUUGAACUUUGCAUGUUUAUUCGUUUUUGCCUAUUUUGUGAAAACUUUAAAAAAUCUUCCACAUUUUUUGUCCGAUCCUUUCCAAAUUUGCACAGUGUCUUUAUAUCAAUGAGGACACGAACCCUACAAAAAAUGAGCAUUAUUGGUCCAUGAAGUACAGAAUUACCUCCCCUUGAAUUGAGAAAAUGGUGUUUAUGCAAUAAAGUCCAAAUUUUUCAUCCAAUUCUUUCCAAACUUUUAAGGAUUUAGCAUGGUUCAAACAAGGGAAACAACUACGGUUUAUGCAUGUUCUUUUUAUUACAGAUUUGCCUCCCUUUAAUUCAUUCAAAAUCUCAUUUUACAGCAGAGAUUCCAAAUCUGACCUGUAAAUGAGCCCCAUAUUUACUGCCAGUGCUAGGUUACCUUUUCCCAUUUGAUCAUUCUUAAGUAUUGGUCUUGUAAUGCUGCUACUGCUUCUGCUACUGCUACUGCUACUGCUACUACUACUACUACUACUACUACUACUACUACUACUACUACUACUACUUCUACUACUACUACUACUACUACUUCUACUACUACUACUACUACUACUACUACUACUACUACUACUACUACUACUACUACUACUUCUACUACUACUACUAGUACUACUACUACUAGUACUACUACUACUAGUACUACUACUACUACUACUACUACUACUACUACUACUACUUCUACUACUACUACUACUACAACUUCUACUACUACUACUACUACUACUACUACUACUACUACAACUACUAUUACUACUACUACUACUACUACUACUACUACACCACCACCACCACCACCAUUCACAGUGACAAAAAACGUAUUCACACAAUGGCUGCUACUACAACUUAUAGCCCAUAUAGGGGGGCAUGCAUGUUUUACAAACAGCCCUUGUUUCUAUGGGAUUUUAACCACAACUGUUCAUGUUUAUCUCCGACACAUAUUUUUAGGUCACCUGUCAUGAAGUGACACGGUGAGCUUAUGUGAUCGUGUGAUGUCCGUUGUGCGUGCCUGCGUGUGUCCGUGCGUCCGUCCGUCAACAAUUUGUUUGUGUAGACAGUAGAGGUCACAGUUUGCAUCCAAUCUUGAUGAAAUUUGGUCAAAAUGUUUAUUUUGAUGAAAUCCGGUUUGGGAUUUUAUUUGGGUCAUCUGGGGUCAAAAACUAGGUCACUAGGUAAAAUAAUAGAAAAACCUUGUGUAGACAUUAGAGAUCACAGUUUUCAUCCAUUCUUUAUGAAAUUUGGUCAGAAUGAAAUCUGGGUGGGAUUGUAUUUGGGUCAUCUGGGGUAAAAAUCUAGGUCAAAUAAAUAGAAAAACCUUGUGUUGACAAUAGAGGUCACAGUUUUCAUCCAAUAUUUAUGAACUGUGGUCAGAAUGUUUAUCUUGAUGAAAUCUGGAUUGGGAUUGUAUUUGGGUCAUCUAGAGUCAGGAACUAGGUCACUAGGUCAAAUCAUAGAAAAACAUUGUGUAGACAAUAGAGGUCAUAGUUUUCAUCUGAUCUUAAUGAGUCAGGUGAGCGAUUCAGGGCCAUCAUGGCCCUCUUGUUGUAUGGUUCAUGUUUAAGUGAUCCAUAGUCAAGACUCGGAACUAUGUUGUAUAUGUUCAUAGUUAUACACGCUAUUUAAAAUACAGAGUUUAUGAACACAUGCAAAUAAUGCCUGUAGUUGCCAGCAUAACAUAUGGGCCAGACAAUUGACUAGCCGGAAAUUCAACAGACAGCAGGAAAAUAGAAUCAUACCUGAAGUCUUAGCUGGGGCAAGGUGGAUAUGGGUGUCCACCUUGUGACCGGGUGGUUGCUUGUUUGAUCAUCAUUCUUAAAAACAUCUCAAUAUUUCCUCCAUAGGUACUAGCUCUACUAAAAAAAUACUAAAUAGUGUCUGAAUAAGUCUAUAAGGCUGUCUAACCGGUGUACCUGAAUUAUUAACUCUUUCAGUGCUGGAACCAAAUUUCGAAGGCCUUUGCAAACAUUUUGGAUCCAGAUGAGACGCCACAGAAUGUGGUGUCUCAUCAAUAUCCAAACUGUUUUCUAUUCUGAUAGUAUUCUUUGUAAAAAAUCGAAGAAAAUGCUUAUUUUAGAAAAUCAGCAGACGACAAAUUUCCCAGCAUGCAAAGGGUUAAAGAGGUUUGAACUUAGACUUAAUUUUUUAUAUAUAUAUAUAUAUAUAAAUAUACAGAGUUUAUUAAGCAUACAAUUUUUUAAUAAUCAUUUUUAGUAUUGGUCAUAGUAGUUUCGGUAUUAAAAAAACUAUUUUUGUUGUAUCCAUCAUGUUUGUCAAAAAAAAUAUUUAACACUUUACCACUUAGAUAUGUAUUUUGACGCAUCUGUAGUCCCUAAGAAAAUUAAAUUUAAUUAACACUUCUUAUUUUAUUCAAGUUUUAAAGGCUUCAUUUCCUAUGGUUAGAUACUGAUGAGCAGCAAACAGUAUAACACCUGAACAGACUGCGAGUUACUUGCAGGCUGUUCUGGUUUUAUGCUGUUUGCUCAUAGCCAUUUUUACUUUGCUUCUGAGUGGGAAAGGGUUAAGGUCACAAUCUGGAAUUGGCUUUUUUUUAUGUCUAUCAUUCUUAAUCAUGUUAUCUGACCAUGUAUUUAUUUUUGAAUAAUAUUGACUUAAACACAAUAUGUUAAGGUAUUAUAGUUGUCAUAAACUUUACAUUGGAAAUUAUUUCCAACUAAUUAGUAUAGGAAUAUAUGCUUAAGUUGCAUACAUGAAAUGUUGAGCCAUUAUGACAGUAUGUCAUUAUAUGUGUAUAUUUUAAACAUCUAUGUUAUGGAUAUUGUUGAUUUAUUACUUCAUGUUUUUCAUCAGAUAUAUAUUUUUCUUUAUCUUACAUCAUUAAACGUACUGCAUGCUUAUCAAAUAAAAAACAAAAUAUAAA